AUGAUUCCUGAUAAAGAAACAAAAGAAACUUUAAUGCUAAAAGUUUAUAAAAGUAAUUCCUUACUUAUUGAUGAUAUAGGAUUAAAUUAUAUAUCGGAGGAAAUAUUUAUUAAUUCAAACAAUCAAAUCACAUCAUCAGAUAUAUCAGAAGGAUCACUUUUGUUUCGACCAGAGAAUAUUUCAAAUGAAGAACUUGUAAAUGUUAGUCCUAAAAUAAUAAACUUACAUGAAAGUGUGAAGCUUGAACCGAUUCAAAGUUUAAUGGAAAAAAGACAAUCCGACAUUCAAGAUCCAAAAGCAUUAUUGAGAAGUCUUCAAUAGUUUAGACAACGAGACUAAACGAUACACGUCUAUUGCGAAAUAAUAUAAAAUAUCUCGAUGGAAAG